AUGCACAAGCAUGAAGACAUCGGGGGGAAGGGCCCCCCGGCGAGCGAGGAGCGUCUGGCGAGGAACCACCUGAUCCUGGUGGUGGACGUAAACUUCAUGAUCUGGUGCGAAGGACUGAAAAUUAAAUUCGACAAGAACAACGUAAAAACGUUGAGGCUGCCGGAGUUCCUAAAGUCUACAUUUCAUUUCGUACGUUUCUACUGCCUAAUGAGCAACGCAGAGAGAAUAUGCAUCAUAGCAACAUCGUUACGGAGCUGUAAAAUUCUGUAUGAAAACUACGUGUCGUAUGCAAAGAACAAUUUGACCGAAAGGGACUACUGUGAGGAGGCAUACAACAAGCUAAUCGAAUUUUUAAGUGAAAAUAAAACAGAAAAAAUGAUGGAGAGUAGCCUAUCAUCAGCACUGGCAGUGGCCCUAUGCUACAAUCACAGAAUUGUUAAUAUGUAUGAGAAUAUGAAAGGCAGGAUCUUCUUGCUGGACAUUUCAAAUGAGACCUAUGUAUACACCAAUCAGUAUACACAAUUAAUGAACAUAGCAUAUAAUGCCAAAAGGAAUAACAUCAUAAUUGAUGUUUUUUCGCUUAACUGUAAAAUACAGCUGUUGGAACAAAUUUGCAACAUUACGAAUGGCCUCUACAUUGAUAGCAGCAUUUUUUUUAAUGUAAAUUGUACAGAUAAUAUUGAGGAUGUGCUCACGCAGACGAUGAUUUUUUGGUUCCUUCCUUCUAACAAUACUAGGAAAUAUUUUUCCAAUACGUAUCUAAAUGAUGAUACCAACAUUGCUGUCUGCUCUUGCCAUAACAAGCAGGUGGACAUUGCCUACAUCUGCUCCUGCUGUUUGGCCAUUUACUGUUCUGAGAAGGAUGAGAAAACGAAUAAGGAAAGAACUUCUUGCUUCGUUUGCAAGACGCGCUUUACGAAGGCGCUCCUGCGCAACAAAGUGGUCUCCGACUUGGACUUCUCCUCCAUUUGAGGUGCGCAGUGGUCGUAACAUGUCUACGCUGUGCACCGCCGACAACUUUCGCAAAAAAAAACUUCCACACCCGUGCAGUGCGCACCUUCGUGUAACACAUAAUAGCUAUUUUUCUAAUUAUCUUAAAAAAAAGGAGUAAAAAAAAAAAAUGAAAUAAAUAUAUUAUUAAGUUAAGUUGUAAAAAGGGGAGGAAAAAAAAAAAAAAAAAAUUCGCUGUAUACGCACACGUAUACGUAUGCACGUUUACAAAAGGGCAUAUAUACACAUAGACAUAUACAGGCAUGAAUUUAAAUUAGAAGGCAAAGGGAAGGGGAGCUAAGGAUGCGUAACAGAGGAACACGUAUGAACAACACAUGUUUUGCCUGCUUGUAGACAUGGACGUAUACAUUAAACUAAAAAAAGCUAUCACAAGAGGAGAGAGAGUUGGCAUAAAAAUGAGAAAUGAUUAAGGUAUGAGAGAAAACGUG